UCGUUUAUGGACUUGAUAUCCUUAUAGGCUCCGAUUCCAAUCGAGCGAAAACCCUAACUCUCGUUUACGAGAAAUAAAAAAGCCCUACCUCUCGGAUAAAGAGAGAGAAGGGUUCUGCAACUCUGGUUCAGCCAUGGACGCGAUAAGGAAGCAACUCGAUGUCUUAAUGGGAGCGAACCGAAACGGCGACGUCAGGGAGGUGGAUCGCAAGUACUACGACCGUGACGUCUGCCGUCUUUUCCUCUCUGGCCUGUGCCCUCAUGAGCUCUUUCAACUCACUAAAAUGGAUAUGGGACCAUGCCCAAAGGUGCAUUCGUUGCAGCUGAGGAAAGAGUAUGAGGAAUCGAAGGCAAAAGGUACUGACAACUAUGAUAGGGACUUGGAGGAUGUCAUUGAUAGACUUAUUGUUGAGUGUGACCGGAAAAUUGCUAGAGCUCUUAAAAGACUUGAUGAUGAAGAUGCUAAGGCUGCUAUUGCCAUCUCAGUAUCCGAAGUUACGCAGACACCAGAGAUUCUAGAAUUAUCAAAACAAAUCAAGGAGAAGCUGAAAGAAGCUGAUCAAUAUGAUCUUGAAGGCAAGACGGAUAUGAAGAUUAGAGCUCUUGAAGUGGUGGAAGAGCUCAGGACUAAAAGAGCAGACAAACAGUCGAUGCUACUUUUGGAUGCUUUCAACAAGGAUCGAGCUUCGCUACCUCAGCCUCUUACGAACCCUCCCCAAUUGGCACCUUUGCCUGCUGCUACUCCUGAUCCUCGUAUACAGGAAAUGAUAAAUGAGAAGCUAAAGAAAGCUGAGGAUCUUGGUAAAGCUUGCCCUGGACAAUUUUGAUUUCUUGGCCCAUAUAAACACAGGACAUUGUUUGUUUGUUCACUAUACUGUUUCUGCUGCUUUUAGUUUUGAAACUUUAAGUGACAUAUUGUUCUAGCUGGAAGGGACAGGGUUUAUAGCUUUUCUAUUUCCUCUGUUAAUGUGUCUACUUAUUGAGAAUCUUGUGCAGUCUUCAAGAGCUAACAUGAGUUGUUGCUUUGUUCAUGCUUAUUCAGUUUUAAACAUGAGUUUAAAGGAAAUAAUGGUGUAAAGCUAUGUUGAUAGUAAUACAAGGUUUUAUUGCUAAGCCAACUGAAGUCGGGUGGGUACAAAUGGCUUGGGGUUCCUUCACAGGGAAAGACUAAUAUUCAAGGGAACACAAUAUGUAGGAUUCUUUUUCUAAAUUUAAAGUAUAAAUCUUUAGGGAUCUAUGAUAAGGUUUGUUUCCAAGGCAGGAAAAAUUAAAGCACUGAAGGACAGGAAAGAGAAAACCAGUAAUCUUAUGGAAUUAGGUUGUUAAUGUUAGCUUUCUUAAUUACAUCCAGCAAAA